CGCGCACUCAAAGCGGCGACUCCGGCUGUAGAGAAAGAAAAUGUGCUUUCGCACGUAGAUGAGUAAAGGGAACCCCCUGAAGCUAGUGGCUAGCUAGCAAAGUGUGGGAACAUGGAAGAUGAGGAGAUCGCUGAAAGCUGGGAAGACGCCGCCGACAGUGGGGAAAUGGAGAGACGGUUGGAGGAGAAAUUACGCAUCAGUCAAAAAGAGAGACUCUCGAGUGGGAGUUCCGGUCGCUCACCAGUAAAGACUAUCAUGAUCCAAGACGACUCCCUUCCAGCUGCGCCACCUCCACAGAUCCGUAUUUUGAAACGACCCACCAGCAACGGUUCCUUGGGGCCGUCUGUAACACAGAGCCGACCUUCUCCACAAGUCAAGUCUUUAGCUCAGAGGGAGGCGGAAUAUGCCGAAGCCAGGAAACGGAUCCUAGGCAGUGCUGAUGACACACCUCAGGAGAGACCCACGUCAGAGAGGUCACCACGUGCAGGAAGCCAUACACCUUCAGAGGACACAAGAUCAAACAACCAUGUAGUUCGGCAACCAGCAGGUCCAGAUGGUACACAAGGGUUUCGCCAGCGCAGAUAGGAGUAAUGAAGGCCCGGGAGAAAAGAUCAUUCGGUCCAUCUCCUUACAAACGGUUCAAAUUCGGAUCAUUUUUAAAACAAUAUUUAGGAUGUGGGAUGUCGAUGAAAUGAGAAGAAAACCUCAUCCUCACUUAUCCCGGCCUCCUGAGCCAGUGUGGAAUGUAACUGGGGAGGAAAUAUAACAUGGAAGAGCAAAUUUACACUGUGAUGAGGACUUCUUCCAGACACUGCUCACUGUGAUCCCCCCCCCCCUCCCCCAAAAAGAAACACUUAAUCGGUUUCCCUCUACACCUUAACCUACUGUGACUGGUGACCCGUUUGGCAACGGACAGCUUUUGACCUUGAAGUGGUUUCGAGAUCAUGUCAUGGCCCUUCUUUCGAGGAAGACGUUUGGAGCAGAGUGUAAUGCCACGUUAUCAUGUGGCUGUGCUAGAAGUGUUGUAAGAUGUUGCACAGGUCACCAGCUCUCAGCAAUAAUAUUAAGGAUAUUUCGCUUUCAUUUUUCAUUUAGUUUCUUUUCCAGACUGCUCUUCCCAUGCUUUUGUAUUGGUUAUGUUUGGUUCUUUUUGUUUUAACCUAGUCUGCUAAAUGCCAUACAUUUUUAAUGGGGAACGGAAUGGUGAGGGUUCUGUGGAAACAAGUCUCUUAAGUUUUGUUUACAGUCGUUGUUAUUAUUAUUAUUAUUAUUAUUAUUAUUAUUAUUAUUAUUAUUUUAAUCUUGGGUCUUCCUAUGGCUGUUCUGGUUUCUACAUAAAGGAAAUGAAGAAUAAAAACAACAAAACUAGUAGAGGGGGGAAAAAAAUAACUUUCUGCCUUUUUAUAUUCUUGGGGAAGGUAGAAAUAUUAAACUUCAUUGGUUAAAAAUUAAGAGAAAUGUAAAUGCUUGUGGUGCUGGAGCGAAUCAAAGGGAGAUGUGCAAAAGGGAAGGAAUUGCUGGUUCCUUUUUGCUUCUCUUUUUUUGCAUCUGCUGAUAAAUAUUAGUUUAUUUGCUGAAGUAGGAACUCAGGACACUGACUGAAUCAAAUAUCUAUUAAUUAGUUUUUAAUUUAGUAGUGGUGCACGUCACCUCAUACUGGCGCACAGGAUAUCCAAUGAGAAAUGAUUUAACUUUUGUUUAAGAAAAUUAGACCGUGAUCAUUAGUGGUUCAUCAAAGUGUUAGUGCUGUAUUUCAACAAAAAUUAAGCACCAUGCUAGCACAUUGCAUCUCUCUCUCUCUCUCACAUACUCUUUCACACACUCACACAUAAUGGAUCUCUGCUGUGUCGUCCUUUUGUUUAAAAAAACGUUAUAUGGGAAUAUGCCCUUUAAUCUUUAAAGAUGUCCAACUGUUAUACUGUAUCAGACCAACCAGAACGAUUUAUCAUAAGCUGUGUGAACAUGGACACCUGCUUGUAAAUACUUUACGAAAAUGCCCGUUUAAUAAAGACUUUUUAAAGUA